AUGGCCCCGGAUGGCGGUGAUGGGUCAAGGAGUAGUGGAGCCUCCGGGAAGAGUGGAGGGCCCUCCAGACAGGUGCUGAAGAAGGGGCCAUGGACAGCCGUGGAGGACGCGAUCUUGAUGGAGUACGUGAAGAAGCAUGGUGAAGGAAACUGGAAUUCAGUUCAGAGGAACUCUGGGUUGAUAAGAUGUGGUAAGAGUUGUAGGCUGAGAUGGGCUAACCAUCUGAGGCCUAAUCUCAAGAAGGGCACAUUUUCUGCUGAGGAAGAGAGGCUCAUCGUUGAGCUUCACGCUAAGCUCGGUAACAAAUGGGCUCGCAUGGCUGCCCAGCUCUCUGAAGGGAAGCUUGUCUAUGGGCACUUUCCAUGGGAGCAGCAGAAGUUUGCAUCGAAAGCAAUACCCUUGGUGCAUGACAUUAGAAAUGCUGCAGACAUUUUGAAAUUGAAGUUCAAGUUUGUUAUGAGGAAUGCAAACCAAGCAGCGAAUUGGAUGGCUAAAUCAAUGACUAUGGGUUUUCUCCAUUGUAAUUGGAUUUACAAUCCACCUGAUGAGCUUAAAGCAAUUCUGUUUAACAGAUAG